AAAAAGGGGAAGAAACACCAUUCUGUGGCUCGAUGUGGGUUUGUCAGUUACUGCCUCCCCGCUUCCUGGGACUUCCCACUGUUCUUGAGCACAAAUCAGACUCGAGCAAAAACAACUCUUUCCAUGGGAUCAGCUAUAAGAAGAAUGGCCGUACAAAGAGCAGCUUAGUUUCUUGGAAGGCUGGUGGACAUUUCUGGAAAAGGCACAGCUGACUUACUUGUCCCUAUAUGGUCAUUUGCUGUUUCCUCCGGACCAAAGGAGCAGAUUGGUUCGCGAAGGAUGCUGUCAGAAGGGUAUCUCAGCGGACUUGCCUACCAGAAGGACAUCCACUGGAGCUGUUCAUCGUAUAAUGAGCAGGUGGCUGAGGAGGAAGAAGAGACAAAAUCUGCUACUCAUUCCUAUUGCUCUGCGGAUGAGACUCAAGUCCGAAGUCUGUACGUGAGCUGCAAAUCCUCAGACAAGUUUAUGUCUUCAGUGCACGCGCGAGAGAGCCAACACAGUGGAAAGCAGAGAACCAUAAUGCUGCAGACAAACCCCAACCCUGUGUUUGAGAGCCCCACCUUGGCUGCAGUGGAAAUAUGUAGAGACUCGAGCAGAGAGACCUACUUGGUUCCACCUUCCUGUAAGAGUAUUUGCAAGAAUUACAAUGACUUACAUAUUGCAGGUGACCAGGUGAUGGCUAUUAAUUCAGUGACGACGGAUUUCCCCGCUGAGAGCAGUCUUGACUACGGCCCUUUGCUGAAAUCAUCGGAGAUUCCUCUGCCCAUGGAGGAUUCCAUUCCCACUCAGCCCAGCGACUUUCCCCAGAAACCUAUCCAGAGGUAUUCGUCGUACUGGAGAAUAACCAGCGUCAAGGAGAAAAGCAGCCUGCAAAUGCAGAAGCCAGUUUCUAACGCAGCACUGAACGAAUACUUGGAGCAGAAGCUGGUAGAAUUAUACAAGCAGUACAUUAUGGACAUUGAGUUUCAUGACAGUUCUCCCACCCAGAUUCUGGCGUCCGAACUCAUCAUGACAAGUGUGGAUCAAAUUAGUCUCCAAGUGUCCAGAGAGAAGAAUCUGGAGACCUCCAAAGCCAAGGACAUAGUCAUUAACUGCCUAUUACAGCUGGUAUCGGGUGAAAUUAGCACACCUAGUCUCCGCAUUUCUCAGUACAGCAACGUCAAUCCAUAGAGAGAAGGUUGCGGCCCGCCUUCUCGACCCCUCCAAAUGCGAGCAACACUUCCUUCAUUUAUUCUGAGAAUGUGCAGGAGGUGGGGGUGAAGGGGAGUCCAGAGCUGAAAAAAGCAAGGUUGGACAGAGGUCAAGUGUGAAUUCAAAGGAAAUCCCUUACUAUUGCACGUAAUGAAGGCAUGUGGGAAGAGCAUCCAGAAAGACUCAUUGCAAAGCAAAGGUCGUAUAGCAACAAAGCACAAAUAAAAAUGAUCCAACGGGCGCCUGGGUGGCUCAGUCAGUUAAGCCUCGAACUUCGGCUCAGGUCAUGAUCUUGCGGUUUGUGAGUUUCGGCCCCGCGUCGGGCUCUGUGCGACCGCGCGGAGCCUGGAGCCUGCUUGGAUUCUGUGUCUCCCCCUCUUUCUGCCCCUCCCCCGCUCAUGCUGUGUGUCUCUCUCUCUCUCUCCUUCGAAAAUAAAUAAAAACAUAAAAAAAAAAAGAUCCAAAAAGUAAACGUAUGAUUCACUUAAAGAGUAGAUGAGAUGAAAAAGGAGCCCAGCCAAAGAACAUCCACCACGGAAAAACAAAAAUGCAAAGGUUUCAGGGUAAAGAGUUAUUGUUUGUUAACCCAAUUAAUUCCUCCAAGUUUUUUUUUCUUGAGAGAAAUGGACUUCAGAAGGGUGCUGUAUAUGGG